AUGACCUCAGUGCCUGUAAGGGCACUUAAUGCUUUGUGCAGCGAAAGAUCACGAAAUAUUCAAGAAUGGCUGACGGAAUUAACGAUAAGCAGUGAACCGGAAUGCAAUUUUAUUUUAUACGCUAAAUCAUUUCUGGAUAUCACCGAGCAACAACAAUUAUCAGUGAUAUCAAAUAAUUGCAAGGAUGAAAGUGAGCGAAUUCAUCUGAGUGGUACAAGUUCGUUGCCACCAGCAAAAUCAAAACGAUGUAUCGCCCGGAUGACAUCGUCAUCUUCAGGACAUAUUAUGACAGCUUCAACACCAGUAUCACUGACUAAUACUGAAAAGCAUCGUACCACAGUGUGUUAUCAAUUUGAUGAAGGAAAAAUUACUCCAAUUAAAUGUAAUCCAGCACCAAUAUCAGCAUUUAUUCGUGUGAAAUCAUGCAAUAAUUCUGAUAACAAUGAUACGGAUCAAAUGAAAUCAGAAAUGAAUGAAUUAUCAUCGAAGACAUUUGAUAAAUCAAUGACACCUGUAAUACCUGCAUGUAAUGCACCAAUGAAUUUCUCACUAACAAAUCGAUCAAUUACACCAAAAAUUUUCAGCAAAGCAUACGGUUGUAGAUAUAGAUUACAUGGUAGAACACAACGAUUAUCAUAUCGAUCAAAUCUUCAGCAGCACAAAAAACAACAACGACAGAAUGAAAUGGUUAAAGUUAAUCGGAAAUCAAAUAAUCAAAUAGCAACGAUUAUGAACAAAACGAUAACCACAAGCGAUUCGAAUUCUAAUACUUUACUUGUUGAAUCAUCAUCGACGUUAGAAGUUAAUAAUGAUAAGCGAAUAAUGAAAUCGGAUGAUCAAUCUAUAUCUAUUGCAAGUGAACAAAAAUUGAUUUGUUCAAGAAAUCAACCGAAUCAUUCUAAUCAGUUAUUGCUACACAAUACCAAUGAUAAUGAUGAUGAUCUGGUUAACUAUGAAACGAUUUAUGAGAAACAAACAGAUUCGUCCCGGAAAUGUGCUAAUAAUGAAGUGAGAAAUUCUAGUAAGCAGGAAAAUGAUUCACAAUCAUCGAUUCUAUCAUUUGUAGAUUUCAGAAAACCACCGGAAACACCAACUUCAAUUCAGAAAAAAUUGGAGUCAAGUAAGAGUAUUGAUUCGCCUAGCAGUUAUAAUCGAAAUCAACUUUCAAGGAAUCGUUGUGUUCGGGUAUCACAUAAGACAAAAAAUCACGGGCAGCUUGGAGCUUAUCGCAUCAAUGGAGAAACAGUAUUACAGGUACAUCUUGAUGCACCAUCAAGUUCACAAGCAAUAAAAUCAAUUUCAAAUACUUCAAGAUGCUUUAAUCAUGAUACUAAUGAUGGUAUUGAAUCAGCAUCAACCGGUGUAUCAAUAUCAGCAGCACUUGGAUCAGUUGAUUCAAGUACAAAUAGUAGUGUAGAUUCGGGACAAGGAUCAACAGAGUUAAGCACCCAGAAUUGUUCAUUCAAAGAUUCAUUUAAUUAUGAUAAGACAAUUGGAGAGAAUAGCUUACCAAGCUAUGCUCGAGUUGCUAAUACAAUUGAUCACGUGCUACGUGUAUGCAGCACGUUUCACGCAGCACUAAACAAUGAAAUGAAUGAAAAGUGGACUAGUGAUAUAAUAUGUGAAGCAAAAGUAUUGAUCGCUACAAUUCAAUCUUUACCGUGCAUUACGUUUCUUUCUCCUCACGAUAUAGCAACAGUACAACAAAUGAUUUCCGAUUUAGAAUCAGAUGAAAAGGACAAAGGAAAGCCAAUUAAUGCGUCUAAUUUUCUAAUUGUUCUAUUGCGGAAGAUAAUUCAUGAAAUUUUAAUUAUCUUUGCAAGGAUAAUAUCAACAUACCUCGCCGAAUGUUCCAAUCGAGAUCGAUUAUUAGUCAUUGCGCUUGAACAUUUCAUACAUUUGAUGCUUUUUGGUGAUGAAAUUUGUCACAUUAUUAUACAGUGUGGUGGUUUGGAUUCAUUGUUGUAUUUUUGUGAGGUACCGUCUAUUUCAAAUGGUACCCUUCGGUUGCUACUUCGUGCUCUAACAAUUCUAUGCGGUAACUGUCGAGGUGCAAUGAAACUUUUAGCGCUUAAUAAAUUUGAAUUAAUCAUUCAAUUCCUGUUUACCUCAACAAUAGCUUGCUCAGCAGAAGCAGCUGGUAUAUUAACGCAAUUAACAAAUCCAAAUCAAAAUUAUGUUCGUCUCGGUAGCAUUAUGCGAAAAGUUGUUGUACGAAUUCUCGAAAUUGUUGAUAAAAGUAAGGUAGCUGAAUCAUUAUUGCUAGCCUUAGCAGCACUAGCAAAUAUAACAGUGCAAGAAGCUGGAACAAUUGACGUCCUUUACGAGCACAACGCCAUCAAACGUUUUAUUCAAGCGUAUAAACGACCGAAAUGUCAUAAUGUAUUCAUAGAGGAACAGUUGCUGACAAUUUUCAUCAGUCUAGCAAAUGGUGCUUAUAUUGAAGCAUUAAUUGGACAAGGUGCAGUUAACCUUUUACUUUCAUUGUUACAAAUCCACAGUCAAACGCAUCUUAAUUACUGCAAAAGGAUUCAGUUACGUGCUACGCAAUGUUUACGGAAAAUUGCUAACUAUGGAAUUGGCCUUAAGGCUAUUCAUGAAAUGAAUGGUUAUUCGAUGAUAACGAAGGUAAUACAAGAUAACAAUGCGCUAAUCGAUGCAAAAAAUAAUUUGUGGUGGAUAACAGAGCAAUUAGAAAAGAAGUAUCAAUUAGAAAGUGCUGUUUAG